AUAGCGCCACUGAAACGGUCUUUUUGCGCAUGCGCUGAACCUGCUUCUUCCUUUCCGACACUCGAGCGAAAAGAGGCAAGAUGGGCCAUCAGCAGCUCUACUGGAGUCACCCGAGAAAAUUCGGCCAGGGAUCUCGCUCCUGCCGGGUGUGUUCAAACAGACAUGGCUUGAUCCGGAAAUACGGACUCAAUAUGUGCCGCCAGUGCUUCAGGCAGUACGCUAAAGACAUCGGCUUCGUGAAGCUGGAUUAGAUGUGCUGUCCUGACUUCCACAA